AUGUCACUUUCUCUUCUCUCUGUUAAUUCGUGUGCUUAUGCUAGUUGUGGUCUUCAUUUUCGAAGUUUAUACGAUCUGAUAGCACAUAUAGAACUCACACAUAUACCACCGUUUGAAGAGGAGAGACAAAAAUGCUCAAGUUCUGGCGAAGAUGGAAGACAUAAUACAGCCCCAAAUUUGCCUUUAAGCGCUUUUCAACGGGUUUUUCCAACUCCUUAUCGACCACAACCGUGUGCGCCUGAAAUUGUGAAAGUGUCAUUCAAUCAUCAUAGGAAACGACCAGCACCUGGAAUGAAAUCAGGUGGAUUUCCGAAAGUCACGGCAGUAAAUCGUAGCACUAAGUCAGUAGAAGAUGAUGUCAUCAGUGAAGCGGGAAAUGAUGACUACGAGGAGAACAGUCAGAACGACACAGAGUUACCGAUCCGAUGUCUUCAUGUGAAUUGUGGGAAAAGAUUCAAAAACAAAAUUGCUUUGAAACAACACAUAAGAACAGCUCAUAAUGCAUCUAGUCAAGAAGACAGCGUCGCCCCGACCACUGAAACCGCAGCACCUCCGGUUCCUUCAGCAACAACAUCGAGUCCAACGAAAUAUGCAGCAGCUCGUCCACAUAAAUGCCAGCAGUGCUCGAAGAGAUACAAAACCACGCAAGGGUUACAAAACCAUCUAACGCAAGCCCACCAUAAGCCUAGUGGAUCAUCUGCCAGCACUGAACCAGCAAGUCCUUCUCCUGCAGUUGUUGCUCAGCUGCUCACCCAAGCGAGAGCUCAUGGGCAACAAACUGCUCAGCAGCAGUUGCAUGUAUCAACGGAGCGUGCGAGUGCUCAGCUUUCCGUGUCUUCACCUUCUUCCUCACCGUCAAGAGGCGGCAAUCUUCCUGUGUCUGUGGCUGGUCCAAAUUCACAAAACUUUUUGCCUCAAAACGCUCCUCUGCCUGUUCGCUCUAUUCAAGUUCAACCUUCACGAGUUAUUUCGCAAUCCUCAGCCCCUUACUCUGGUGGUCAAACAACUGGACAAAUGUUGCAGCAGCAAUUUAAUCAAAGAAGGCAACAGCAUCAACAGCUUCCAUCUCAUGGCUCACAAGCUCAGCAUGUACAACAUUCCCAACACAUGCAACACCAGCAAUCUCAUAGUCAACAACAGUCUCUUCCUCCUCAUUCACAACAACAUCAUCUCCCGAAUCAAUCUCAACACCAGCAUCCUACUUCGACGCAACAGCAAGUCCAUCCUCAUUCUCCGAUGCAACAUUCGAUGGCUGCUCAGCCACAGUCUCAACAUCAAGCGCCAACGCAAUCCCAGCAUCUUCCUCAAUCUGCUGGUCAACAGCAAUCUCAGUUGCAACAUCAUUUACAAGCUGCGCAACCAACAUCUUCACAUAUCUCUUAUAAUGGAGUUCAUACUACUUCGCAGCCUCAGAGCCAACUUCAACAGCAAUUGCAACAGCCUCCUCAACACUUUAUUAAUAAUACUUCAGUUAGUCAUUCAAUGGAUAUGCAUGGGAGCCAAAGUUUGACAGUUCCAUCUAGUCAAGCUCCUAUCUCUCAGAAUAGUUACUCAAUGAAGACUGAUCCGAUGUAUGAGGACGCGGGACACCAACAGAUAAAUUCAACACCCCAUUACUCGGGAGUAGCUCCAAAGCAGUUCAAGAAGUCGCCCAACACGAUGGAAGGACGAUAUAAUCAAGUGGCAAUUAGUGCAACGGCUGAGCCGUUAAAAGAUGCACGUUCUACUGCGAAAGACUAG